AUGCUUUCGGCUUGUAUGAUAAAUAAUGAUGAUAAUGAUUGGAAAAUAAGAACGAAAAAAAAGAAACUAAAGAAGAGAGAAUAUAUAAAACAUGCAUACAUUUUUAUUAUGAUUUUCUUUUUUUUUCUUGUUUUGUUUUGUUUGUGUUUUGGUGGAUAUAAAUGAUUAUGUGAGAUGUGGAUGUGAAUGAAUUUUUGAAAAAAAAACUAUUUUUUGUUCAUCAGGAAAUUUAAAUUAAAACAACAACAACAACAAAAUGAUUCGAAUAAAUUCUAGCCGUUAUUCGGGUCAUCCGCAUUAUAAUAAAAUUUCAAUUGGAUCAAUUUUAUUAUUGAUAAUAAUAAUUCAACGAACAAAUUCAUUGCGAAUUGAAACAACAAUUCGACCAUUAUUAUCAACAUCAUCAUCAUUAUCAUCAACAUCGACAUUGUUUAAUAUUAAUCAUCCAAUCGAUCAGCCAGAUAAUCAUCAAGAUGGACAGCAUGGUUCUUCAUCAUCAACGACAUCGACAACGACGAUAUCGACGAUAUCGACAACAACAAAUAGAAUAAUAAUAUUGAAUAAACGAUUACAAAAUUGUUGGACAAAUCUAUCUAAAGUUAUUGGUCUUGUUUGUUCCAAAUCACCAACAUCAUCAUCGAAAUUUUUUAAAUUAUUAAAAGAAAAUUAUUUUGGUUUUCUACAAAAAUCUAAACAUUAUCAAUUAUCCAAUAAUGAAAAUCAACAACAACAACAAAUAUUGAUUGAUUGUUGUCGAAAACCAUGUUCAUUGGAUCGUAUACGACGGUUAUGUUAGCCAAUGUAAGA